GAGGGAGUAUUAUUAACGGAUAGACGCGGCGAGUUUGGGGUUGGACGGUAGGAAAAAGUCAUAUGUCAAUUAAUAAUUCUUCAACAUUUCUUCUCUGUGAGCCGUGACGGUGUCUUACACGGAGAGAAGGUGCAAAAAAGGAGAGGGAUGAAGAGGAAGAAGAGGGCAGAGGAACGGGGAGAUUGGUGCAAAAAAGGAGCGCAAGUUGAAGUCAGCCUGGAAGACGACGGUUUCCGAGGCUCCUGGUACGCCGCCACCGUCCUCCGCACGAUUUCCCGGAAGAACAACAAGAUCUUCCUCGAGUUCCACAACCUCGUCGACGACGCCGACCCCGCCAAGCCCCUCCGCCAGUCCGUCCACUUCAUCCUCGUCCGCCCCGUCCCCCCACGCGAGCCCACGCGCUCCUUCCGGCUCAGCGAAGAGGUCGACGCUUUCCACGUCGACGGCUGGUGGGAGGGCGUGGUCACGGAAGUUCUAGACUCUUCCAGAUACUCCGUCUUCUUCCGCUGCUCCCGCGAGCAGAUUCAGUUCCACGAGUCGCAGCUCCGCCUCCACCGCGAGUGGUUCCACCGCCAUUGGGUCCCUUCCUUCCCCGAUCCUCCGCUUCCUUCCUCUUAGUUUUGUUUGAUCAGCCGGGGCUUAUUUUUGUGAUGACUGCUUGGACUGGAUUUUAAGUGGUACAACUGUAGUUCAACGCUUCAACUUGUGUACUUUUUUGUUAAAGAUGUUUUUUGACCCCUAGUGAUUGGUCCCAGGAGCAUAUAUAUAGGCAAAAUAUAUAGUCAGCACCUCAACAAAGACCUUAACAUGCUCCACGUUGACCUGACAUGGGGAAAAGUGAGGAUUCUCCCAUGUUUUAAGAUGAGAGAAAUUUCAUCAUUCAUCAUGUCAACGUGCUCCAUACGCGUAUAUUUACGUUAAAUUAUUAUACAUUUAUACUUUGGAUUCGGUAUUGAUGAUGUAUUUGUUGUUGACUUGAUAGUUGUGAAGACUUGAUGCAGGAGUAACUCUUUGAAUGGAAUGUCAAUGUGUUCAAUUUUACAACAGUUUUCAGAGUACAAGAUGAGUUAUAGAAGGAAAGUAAAAUAAAUACAUGACUGUUCUAGUAUUCUGUGAAUGGCAACUCAAGCUCCAGCUUUAAUUUGUUAUACUCCCUCCAUCCCAUAUUUAUCUUACAAAGUACAAAUGACACGGGAUUAAGAUAAUGAGUAUUGUGUAGUCAAGUAGAGUUGUGCAGAGGAGAAAGAAACGUGUAAGAAUGUGUAAGAAAUGUUGUGCAUCAAAAGGGAACGAGGAUAUAAUUUUGGUACGAAUGAAAAAUGAAAGUUUGAAGAGUUAUCGGUCCUCCCAUUGAUGCACCUGCACAGUUUGUUUUUUUGUUUUACCUAGCCGGCUACGGUCCAGUAUGAUGAUGUAAUUUAUAAGGGACACAUGCUAGAUUAGUGGGUGAAAAGUUCAAAUAUACGCC